AUGUCGUCAACUGGAGGUACUCCGCCUACGCUGGCGACACCUAGCCAUCAAAGCGAUCGAAUCCUCGGCUUUCGAGAGCAGAUUCUCGGUGAGUUGGUGCGCUCGUCGCUCACGGGUAGGUCUGCUGACCGAACGCAGCCAAUGCAGCAGUCGUAUUUCCAUGGGCGGUUCAGAGCCACAUUGACCGCUUCCUGCUCGAGACCACCAAGCCUCAAGAUGUGUUCGACAUCAUUAUCGUCCUUGCAGAGAAAACUCUUCUUCGAGCAAUCCUCGUCUACGGACCCAUCACGGCCCGCCAGAUUGCUGCCCAGGGCGCCGGCGAAAAUACCACGGAACAAGCUUUGGAUUCAUUGUUGGCGCUCCUCACGGCGCAUUUGGGUAUUUGGUUUCAAUGGCAUAAGCUUCCGCCUACGGAUGGCAACGGACCCAGUAUCAAGAUGCCGCCUGCUCACGGAAGCAACUUAAAUGGAGCAGCGAGCCCUCAGCUGGGACAAGGCACGGGCGCGGCGCAAGCAUGCCGACGAGAUUGA